AUGUCUUCACUGUUCAGCAUACCGGGCGCUUAUCCCUCCAGCACUAUGACUGACUCGGGUCCCCCUCCUCGCACCGGAGCGAGUCAUAGAUCCCCAAACACGUUCACUCCUCACCACAGCGGCUUCUCAAACGAUCCAGGAUCCAACCGUCCGUCGACUAACGCAUCUAGGCAAGCACAGGCCCAGACCAGCUCACGCUCUGCACCAGCUCAGGCCAACCCGACUCUGAAUCCUACCGCAGCGACAGCGUUCCAUGGUUUUGGGUCGUUCUUCAUCGGUGCCCAGAAUGUGACCAUCCAUAGUACACGGGAAGGUGACCCCGUUCAUUUCAAUGGGCGUCCUGUAAGCAGUGCCACACUGGGGGUCGGGGUCCCGUCCGACGGAUCCACUACUGGUAGUAGUAGUAGUAGUGGUAGCAACAAUCCCUUCAGAAAUGAUCCUGGUACGUAUACGACGACUGGGAGCAGAACAAACAAUAACCCGUUCGUCAAUUACGCGACUGUGAAGGAUGCCGGGAGUCGUGGCGGCGCUCCAUGUGCGGGGUCCUCGUCCUCUGGAGGUGGACGUGGCGGAAGGCAUCCCCCUCGAGGAGAUACAUAUGACGCACACCAUCAAGUCAACCAAGAUAAUACGCCUCAAGUCCGGAAUUAUGCCUGCAUGAAUACGAAACCUGUGUUCGGCAACUUAACACAAAAUAGUGUUGUAGUAGCCGAUGACUAUCCAGUGGAGGAGUCUCAGCGGGAAGAAGAGUACUACUUCUCCCAGGAAUAUUGUCCGCCACCGCCACCACCACCGCCGCCUCAUCCGCGCCCAUGCCCAUGGCCAGACCACCGUCCACACGGCAGCGCGUAUUUCGCUGAGAGUGGUGGGAGACCAGGCUGGACCUUGAACAAUUACGGAAACAUGAAUACGGGCGACGUCCGUCGUGGGUAUAUCGCUCAGAGUGUGCAGUUCCAACACCAAUGGUGGGGCCUCUAG